AUGCCCUCUCACCAAUCCACCCGCCCAGGCGACGCCAUGGCCGAUCUCGCCAACUCACUCCUCCACUCUCCCAAAGACACCCGCUCCCCCACUGCCACUCAACAAACCACCACCUCCCAAAGCUCCUCUACCUCUUCUCAAGAUAACAACAACACCAAAUCCGCCGACCGCGGAAUGUCCAGCACAAACAACUGGAAACCCGCCCUCGACCGGCGUCAGAGCUGGGACGCCCAGGAGUACAAACACGAUGUGUUGUCUCGGCAGUAUGGCCUGGGAGAAGGUGGUGAGAGACAACAGCGGGAGGGCGCUGAGGGAGGGGUGAGGAAGAGGUUUAGUGAGGUGUAA